AUGCACUUCCGUACCGCUGCCAUCCUCGUCGGCGUUCUAGCCGCUCUUAUUAGCCUCUACUCCAUCCUAGAAGCGCGCCUCUCUGAAUUCUACAUCUUUGACUCGCCGUCUCUUCACGCGCUCGCUCGCGAGGCGAUAGCCACCCAUGGCAAUGACACCGCUGCUAUGGUGCGCUACAUCGUCGAUGACCUUUCACAAAAGCACCCGAAGAACAUAAAUCUAGAUCAAGAGUGGGUCUUCAACAAUGCUGGCGGUGCGAUGGGUGCGAUGUAUAUUAUUCAUGCGAGCAUCACAGAAUACGUAAUUAUCUUCGGCACAGCCAUCGGCACCGAAGGCCACACAGGCCGCCACACCGUCGACAACUUCUUCCACAUUCUCACCGGCACCCAAACAGCCUACACGCCCGGCCCGGGUUCCUUCCUACCAGAAAUAUAUCCGCCCGGUAGCAUGCAUCACCUUCGCCGCGGCGCUGUCAAGCAGUAUAAGAUGGACAGCACGUGCUUCGCGCUCGAGUACUCGAGAGGCUGGAUCCCACCGAUGCUGUUCUUUGGAAUGGCUGAUAUGGUGACGAGUACGUUGGACGUUCAGAACAUAUGGUGCACGGGGUGGAUUACGGCAAGGGAGAUGGGGCGGAAUUUAGGGGCUGGGAAAUUUUAG